AUGACGUCAAUUGGUGGGAGAGUAUGUUCGGAAUUAAAUGAUAGUCGUGGUCCGUAUGCCUUUCGCUUGAAUGGACACAACCAUCAUAGAAUUGGCUCUCUGCUUCUAACUCAUGAUGAUGGUCGGCCUAGAUUUGCGCAAUUAUAUAUUUAUGACACGGCCCAUGAAAUUGAUAAUCGCUUUUAUGCUUUAAGAAACUGUGUUCCAUCAUCUUCUGAUGAAUCCAUUUUUCGUUCGUUGGUGGUUGACUUGCUGGCCAUGCUUGAUGAAAAUAAUGUAUUAGUACAGGCGUUUAGGAUGGCUAGGGAGAGGUUUGAUGAUUUGUCUAGGCAACCAGUUAGGCUUCGUUUGCUUGGCACACGAAAUACACAGGUUCGUCAAUAUAAUUUACCUACAGCUUCUGAAGUGGCUGCAUUAAUUCCAAGUGAUGGUAAUCCGACUGACUCGCGUGACAUCCUUAUUCAAGAGCGAGAUACUAAUACUACAAAACGCAUUUCGGAGCUGCACCCAAGUUACAUGUCUUUGCAAUAUCCGUUGCUCUUUCCUUAUGGGGAGGAUAGGUACCAUCCAAACAAUGAAAAUAAAAAGAAGAGGAUUAAAGAAUUGAUGAAGAUUACCAGGGAUACUGAAGCUAGAAUGUUGCACUUAUCUGGCCGUUUGUUUCAGACGUAUGUCGUUGAUGCUUAUAGUGCUGUUCUGGAGAGUGAAUUAGAUUGGGUUAUUCUACCAGCGUCAUUUACCGGGGGGCCAAGGUAUAUGCUACAACAAUAUCAAGAUGCAAUGGCGAUUUGCCGUUGGGCUGGGACACCAGAUCUUUUUAUUACCAUGACUUGCAACCCGAGAUGGCCUGAAGUUGACCAUCACAUUAGUGCUACCACACCUGGGCAGACAGCAUCAGAUAGACCAGACAUUCUUGCACGCACGAAGGCUGUUAUUUACACAAUUGAAUUCCAAAAACGUGGACUUCCGCAUUGUCAUGCUUUGCUUUUUCUAGAACCUGCGGAUAAGAUUGGUACAACGGAAGAUAUUGAUAGAUAUAUAUCUGCUGAACUUCCUUCUGAAUUGCAAGAUCCUGCUGCUUUUGCGGUUAUUAGCAAGCAAAUGAUGCAUGGUCCAUGUGGUGAACUAAAUCCAUCCAGUCCUUGUAUGCAUAAUCAGAAAUGUACGAAAGGGUAUCCAAAGAACUAUUGUGAUGAAACAUUUAUAAGAAAUUAUGGGUGGCCCUGUUAUAAAAGGCCGAACAAUUCAAGAACAGUCCGGGUUGGUAGUCAAGAUAUUAGGCUUGAUAAUCGAUAUGUGGUUCCUUAUAACCGUGACCUACUUGUCAAAUAUGGUUGCCAUAUAAAUGUGGAGUGGUGUAACCAGGGUAUGUUGGUUAAGUACUUAUUCACAUAUCUUAACAAAGGACCAGAUCGUGCGACUGCUGUCUUGGAAGGUCCUAACAGUAGAAGGUCAUUUGCAUCGUUAUUACGAAACCAAAAUGAAAUUGAAGAAUUUAUAAAUUGUCGGUACAUUUCAGCGAUAGAAGCAUGUUGGAAGCUGUUUUCAUUUGACAUGAAUUACCGUUCAGUUGCGGUUGAAAGACUACCAUUCCCUGAAGAAGGUUGUAAUAGAGUCUACUUCUGUGAUGAUGCUGAUGUUGCUGAUGUAGCACAACGAUCAACAUCUGCCCUUUCUAAGUUCACUGCAUGGAUGGAGGCCAAUCGGAAUAACCCAGAGGGUCGGAAUUUAACCUACGUUGAGUACCCAACUAAAUACACGUAG